GCGCGCCGAGCCCGCCGCUUCCCUCCUCGUUCCCCGGCCGCCGCUGCCGCGGCCCCCCGAGCGGCCCAGAUGCAGGCCAUCAAGUGUGUGGUGGUGGGAGACGGAGCUGUAGGUAAAACUUGCCUCCUGAUCAGUUAUACUACCAAUGCAUUUCCUGGAGAAUAUAUCCCCACUGUCUUUGACAACUACUCUGCCAAUGUUAUGGUGGAUGGAAAACCGGUGAAUCUGGGCUUAUGGGAUACUGCUGGACAAGAAGAUUAUGACAGAUUACGUCCCCUCUCCUAUCCGCAGACAGUCGGAGAAACGUACGGUAAGGAUAUAACCUCCAGGGGCAAAGACAAGCCGAUUGCCGACGUCUUCUUAAUUUGCUUCUCUCUCGUCAGUCCUGCGUCCUUUGAGAAUGUUCGGGCAAAGUGGUACCCUGAAGUUCGACACCACUGUCCCAACACGCCCAUCAUCCUGGUGGGGACCAAGCUGGAUCUCAGGGAUGAUAAGGACACGAUUGAGAAGCUGAAGGAGAAGAAGCUGACCCCCAUCACCUACCCGCAGGGCUUAGCCAUGGCCAAGGAGAUCGGUGCCGUGAAAUACCUGGAGUGCUCAGCGCUCACACAGCGAGGCCUCAAGACAGUGUUCGACGAAGCUAUCCGAGCCGUCCUCUGCCCGCCGCCCGUCAAGAAGAGGAAGAGAAAAUGCCUGCUGCUGUGAACGCUGGGCCUCGCCCCGCGGCCCUGGCCCUGCGAACCUUUGUAUGCUUUGCUCAGAAACGAUGGAGCCUUCGCACUCAAUGCCAAGUUUUUGUUACCAAUUAGCUUUUCCAUAAAACCAUUUUGAACCAAUCAGUAAUUUUUAGGUUUUAUUUAAACAAAUAAGUGUAAGGAUUCAAACUUUCACAUUCUAUUAAAAUUUAGCCCUAAAAUGACAAGCUUUCUUAAAGCCUUAUUUUUCAAAAGCCCCUAUUCCUGCUCAGACAGAGAGUUGCCAAAUUCCUGGUGAACUGAGUCGCAUUGUUGUGCUAAGAACACUAAGCACUAACCUGUUAAAGGCCUUUGUCUUACGGAAGAUGAGCCUCUGGCGUUAGAGAAGGCAGAGCUUACUAAUGAGUUUCACACCAGCCUUCUUUACGAAACGUUGCCAUUCGUAAUUUACCAACCCAUGUUCCUCCUAACAUUGUACUGUACAGCAGCUCCACUCUGGAUUGGUCUUUAUUUCGUAGUGAGACUUUAAACAAUUCGUAUGUUAGCUUUCGCUGAGAUCGUGAGCAGAACCCUUCCUCGAGUUCCUCUGAUGAAGUAUUCUGCUCUCGAGGGCACACUGGGGUGGAGUGUGGAACACCAUGUGAUCAGAGGAUGAAGACAGUAUUUGACAAAAGAUGAAGUGGAGAUUAAUUCACACUACAUUGUACGCGUAUCAAACUGAAUGAAAGGGUCACGGGUAAGAUUUGAAAAGCUAGUUUCUGUCAAAUGCAGUCGAUGGUGAAAGUUGGUAUUAAUCAGUAAGUGUUUUCUUAAGAUUUUCCUUUUUCUUAAACCUGUAAUCCCUCCCACAAUUGGGCAUUUAAUUCAUCUCGGAACUGGUCAUUCCUUAGUUGCUAACUUAGUGCUUUUCUUAUAGACCCCUUUCUCAAUGAGCAAUAUGCCUCCUUGUAUAAAAUCUUUCUUGAUAAUAAUGCAUUAGUUUUUUUGUAGAUUAGUAAAGUGCAUUCCUGUUUUCACGUUCUUUCAUUCAAAGCUAAUAAGUGCUUUCCUUAGUUUUCUAGUAACUAGAUGUAAAAAUCACGUGUUGCAUCUACAGUUUUUUAAGUAUUUUAGAUAUUCUUAAACUACGAACCUUCUUACCACCACUGUCUUGCCAGAUCCCAGCACUGGACCUAGGCCGCUGCUGGCCCCCCCGCCUCCCCGUGUGGUCACGCUUCCUGUGCUCUGCCUAACCAUGUCCCUUUGGGUGGGAGGUUGUGACCUUGUGCUUGUGCUAACGACGUUCUGUACAGCUUACCCACUGGCAAGAACACAAAAUUGGACCUUUCAACCACUAGAACAACAUUUUUUAAAUUGACAUUUGCAGACUUGUGGAGUGUUUUUACAUUGAUCUUUUGCUAAUGCAGUUAGCAGUAUGUUUUGCAUGUAUGACUUAAUAAAUCCUUGAAUCAUA